CAAUACGUCGCCCUCGUGGUAACUGAAAGGUAAAGUAUCUUAGGUAACGAGGUAACGACAAUACGCGCGAAGGGGUGAUCUUCGGUCGGCCCACCCUUCCUGAUUGCUGGCAGAUGGGCGCAGGUCGAGUCUGUUUUCGGAAAUGGGCCCACACCCCCUGAAUGAUUCAACCUAUGGACAGGUAACUACAGCAAAUCUUCCCAUCCUCGUCAUCAUCACUAUCGUCUCCAUUAUUAUUUCGGAUAUCCUCAUUAUUAGAACUAUGGAAAACAAAAUCCAGAUCACUAGCUCCAAUAUUGAGUCUUUAGUCGUUGAGAAAGGAUAAUGGAUUUGUUGUUCCCCGUUGACCACAAUGACGAUGUAUCAGUCCGUAGCGUUCCAGUAAUUAAAAUCAUUAUCACCCAGGUACUCGAAAGGAAUUAGAAUCCUCCAAGCAUUCCUCAGCACUGUCAAUUGAUUCUACGAGUCUUCUGUAGGCUCCCUAUGCAUAUAUUCGGAUCCGAGUCAUUAGGCUGCGACUUUCAUGAUUAGUUUGAUAUAGUUGCGAAUCUGCUACGUUUAUCACCAGGUGUACAUUUGCUACUUGGAUCAGCGCUUAUGCAUUAGAGAUAACAGAGUUUGCCUGUUAGACUUGCUGUAGAGCAGCUAAUAGAAGCAUAAGGUACCUAUUAUUCUGACUUUAUUCUUGGUUACUGAGUUCCGCAGCCGUGGUAGGCCUGGAAAUACUCCGUCCAUCGUACAUAUUAGGUACCAAGCAAUCAAAGGGGACAACGGUGCUAAACAAGUUCCUGC